AUGGCGGAUGGGGAAGCAGAAGCAGAAGCAGAAGCACGCGCAGCAAGGGCAGCUAGAGCUCGAAAGCAGGUCAGUUUGCAGGUUUGAAAAGGGGGCAUCAGCGCAGGUGGGGAGCGAAUGAAUGGUCCUUUGUUCUGAUCCUCUUACACACACACCCAUGCGCGCUUCAGCUCAAGAAGGCGCAAGCGAAACGCAGAUUGGCGCAAGAAUCUCGUGGGUCUGCGGGUGGAGAUGCGCUGGCAAGGGAUAUUGCGGAUGGCAAGUUGAUAAAGGCCAAGCAGGGCGAGGGCGUCGAGCAGGGAGAAGGGGAGGGGGAGGGAGAAGGGGAGGAGCGGCAGGAGGCAAUGAUAUCGACGCAGAUGUUGCACGAGCAGCAGCAGCGAUACGCACACACGCACACCGCCCUCUCUCACUCGCAGCAUCACUCUCCCUUUGCGCUGCCCAGCACGGCCGAGGAGGAGAUGAUUGCUGCGGAUGCUGCGCAUCAAGGCGCGAAUGGAAGCAGCGGCAGCGGCAGCGGCAGCGGCAGCGCCACACACACCACCACCACCACCACCUUGUCCCUAUCUCCUCCCACGCCCGCAGCAGCGACGCAGUUAUCGCAACAGCAGCAGCAAGAGCAAACCCAAUCUCCCUCUAUGCGUCUGCACGCUCGCACUCAUUCCAGCAGCACCAGCAGUUCAAGCGGGACGAAUCAUGCGCCUUCUUCCCCCACACAUGCGCGCACAGCAUCAUCGGGUAUACAAGUCCAUGUUCGACCUGCCCAUAUCCGUUCGCCAUCCACCGCCUCUAGCUCUUCCUACGGCGCAGGUGCAGGUGCAGGCGCAGGCGCAGGCGCAGGUGCAGGAAUCAGUCAUGCGGCUGUCAGACGUCUCUCUUCCUCCCAGCAGCACGACGCAUCGUCCACGCACCACCACCACCACCAGCAGCAGCAGCAGCAGCAGCAGCACGGGGAACAUUCUGCAGAAGUGUUGAAUUUGAGAAGUACGGUGCAGCUGCUGUUGGGCGAUAAGAGCAGCUUGACCAGCAGGCUCAACGAGCUCGAAGGUAAGCUGGCGGCAGCGGCGGCGGCAGCGGCAGCGCAGCAAGUGGACGGCAAGAGGUUGGAGGAUGCGAAUAGGGCGGCAGAGGAUGCGCAGAUGCGUACAAGGGAAGUGUACGCGUUGCAAAAAGAGGCGGAAGAGAGGUGCAGAAGAUUGGUGAGUGAGGGGAGGGCAGAGCGAGUGUCAGAGGGGCUAGGUGCGGUGCGGUGCGGUGCAGUGCAGUGUGGUGAAAGUCGUGAGCAUGCUGAUGAUGAGGAGCAUUCUCACGAUGCGCAGCAACGAGAGCUCAAAGAGUCGCGAGAAGAUUCGAAUGCGCUCAGAGCUGCGAGCGAUACUAGGACGCAGCCUGCCGCUGUGGAUGAAGAGCGCAUCUCGCACUUGUCGAGUCAGAUCGCAUCCUUGCAAAAAGACCUGACAUUGUCCAGCGAUCGCGCUUUGGCCGCCGAGAAGGAGAGAGAAGAGUUGCGCGCUGCUCAAUCGCGAGCUGAGAAUGCCUCGACGACGCUUCGCGACGAGCUUGAAAGUCUGCGGCGCGAUGCGGAUGCGCGAGUCAAGGAGCUGCAGGAUGAGCGGACUGCUCGGAAGCGCGACGAGCUGCGAGAGGGGCAAGAGAUGUCUGCGCGUCUAGCGCAGAUGAAGCGCGACCUCGAACAAGCUCGUCAGACCAUCUCCACCCGGCAAGAAGAGCACGAAACCGCUCUGGCGCGACAGGCAAAGGAGCACGCGACACAGCUCGAUGGUGCGGAGAGGGAGAGGCAACGUGCGCAUGCGCUCCUCGAGGCCGAGUCUGGUGCGCGCGAAGCGGCGCUGGCGGAUGCUCGUGCGCUACAUCAGGAAGAGCUGAAAAGGGUGCGCACAUUGCAUGAGGAGGAAACGCAAAGUAGUGCAGCGUCGCAUGUCGAAGAGCUGGCACGACUAGACGUUGCUCACGAGCAGGCUCUGAAGCAGGCGAGUGCAAAGGCAGAUACGAGCAAGCGGACAGAGGCGGAAGAGGCUCGGGCGCAAUGGGAUGCGGAAAUGGCAAGGUUGCGCGAGGAGCAUGCUUCGCGUUUGCGAGCGGUGGAGCAGGAAGCGCGCGAUGCGGCCGACAAGGAGCACAAGGACGCUCUUCGCAAGGUGGAAGAGCAGCACGCGACGGCUUUGCAAUCCGCAAAGGAUUCCACGACGACGGCUUUGACGCGAGAGGUCGAUCGGCUCAGAUCAGCUCACGCGUCUGAGCUCGCGAGCAAGAUGACGGAGCACGCUUCGUCGUUGCAGAGCUUGAAAAAUUCGCACGCUGCUGAGCUGGAAGCUGCGCAGGCGGGCGCAAAGGGCGAUCAUCAGCUCGCGCUCGAGGGACUUCGGCAUGCCCAUCAGGCCGAACUGGCACGGGAACAGCAGGCUGCGCAGAACGCUCGAACGAAGGCCGACGAAGCGGUCCGAGAGGCUGAAGCGAGGCACGAAGAGCAGCAAAGAGAGCUGACGAAGCGCGCAGAGGAGCUGGAUGAGGAGCGCAGCAGGAGCAGAGCGCUGGUGGAAGAGCAGCGCGAUGCGUUGAUGCGGGCGCAAGAGGAAGCGGAGCGGAGCAGGAUUGGGAAGGAGAAGCUUCAAAAGUCUCAUGCGGAUGCGCUCCGAGAGGCCCAGACCAGCGCUGCGGAUCGGACAGCGGAGCAAAAAGGUGCGCUCGACGAUAUGCGGACAAGGGCCCAAGCGGCGGAGAAGGUCACAUCGGACUUGAAGCAGCAGCUGCAGGAAGCUGAAAAGAAGGCCAGCGCCAGCGCGGCCGAGGCUGAAUCGCAACGCGUCACGAUGCUGUCGGAUCAUGAUCGGGCGCUCACGAAGCUGCAAGACGAGCUGCGUAGCGCUUCGGAUGCUGUCAAAUCGCACGAAGCGCGAGCACAGGACCUUUCCGAGGAGGUCAACAAGCUACGACGGGACACUGAAGCGGCGCAAAAGGCUGCAGAGUCGACUGCGGAGCACGUCGAAGCUGAACGAGCACAACUCGAGGCUGAGCUGCGCAAGGCUCGCGAUGCUUCGAGUGCUGAAAAGCAAGCUGCGCACGAGGCGGAGAGAGAUUUGCGAGUCGAGAUGGGUCUGCUCGAAGAGGAAGUGGAAGAAAAGAGGCAGAAACUUGCGGAGCAAGCUAGUCUGCUCGGUGAAGAGAAUGCAAAGAUCAAAGCGGAUUCGCAAAGUCGCAUCGACUCGCUCGAGCAGGCGCUCAAAGAUGCCAAGUCUCUACACGAAGCACGCAGUCAGAAAGCGCAAGAGGAGCUUGCAGGGGAGCGCGAGAGGGCGGCCAAUGAGCUGCAGAGCACUGCGGAACGGCACGCGAAACGAGUGCAAUGGCUCGAGAGCGAGCAAGAUGCUACUCGAGCAGAAUUGCAGAGCGCAAAGUCCGAGCACGAUGCUUUGCGCAAGGAGCAUCAGGAUGAAGAGUCCGCCCAUGCGAGCGCCAAGACGAGAGUGGCAGAGCUGAUUGCUGGACUGGCCGCUGUGAGCAAGGAGAGAGACGGCCAGGCUUCGGACCUGCAAGAAGCGCGCUCGAGUGCGGACGCAUUGCGAACGCGCACCAAGAGCCUCGAGAGCGACUUGACUUUGCACCGAGAUCGGCUGCGCGAAUCCGAGGCGCAGGUGGCGGACCUGCAAACGCGCUUCGACGAUGAGAGGCGGGCGCGAGAGACGAGCGCGGAGGAGCUUCGUCGUGCGUCGGAGCGCGCUACGCAGCUCGAUGCCAAGCUCGAAGCAGCUUCCCAGGAGCUGCAGAGUGCCAAAUCGAUCUCGCAGGAUCUCGAAGCGAAGAAUGCGCGCGGUGCGCAAGCUCAUGCUGAUUUGCAAACGGACCUGGAGCAAGUGCGAGCUGGCGCGACGACGUUGCGAGCUUCGCUCGACGAACGCACAACGGAGCGCGAUGAAGCUGCUCGUCGACUCGCUUCUGUCGAGGAGCGCGCCAGCGAGCUCGAAAAGGAUGUUGCGCGGCUCGAGAAGGAUCUCGACGGCUCGCGAGACGAAAAGACGACGAUCAAGGCGGCACUGGACGAUGCGCUGGAGAGCGGCAGGGAGUUGUCCGAAGAGCUAGAAGGUGUCAAGAAGACGCUAGAGGAGCGCCAAGAUCGUGUACAGAGUCUGGAUAGCGAGCGAAAGCGCCUGACUGACGAGCUGGAAGAGGAACGCGGCAAGCAUGCCGAGGUGCAGACGAACCAUGUCCGGUUGACGGAGGCUCAUGCGCAAGUCACGACGAAGCAUGCGGAGGAGGUGGAGCGGGCCAAGGAUCUGGAUGCGCGACUGACUUCUACGCGCUCGGAUCUAGAGGCGGAGGUGCAAGCUGCGAAUCGGCUUCGAAAGGAGCACGAGGAGGAACGCGAUGGACAUGCGCAGACGAGAUCAGCUUGCGAUGCGCUUCGAGGGGACCUUCAGACUGCGCAAAAGGACAUUCACGGGCAUCUAGAGCAGCGGGAAGAGAUGUUCAAAAAGCUCGCCUUGACAGAGACGAACUUGGAAAAGGCGCGCGAGGAGCUGAAGAAGACGCAGGAAGCGCGGGAGAGUGCGCGGGCAGAUGUGCGAAAAGGCGAGGAGCGCUUGCAAAGCUUGCAAAAGGAGAUUGAAAAGGAGCAGCAGCGAUACGAAGAUCUUGCAAAGGAUCUGACCAAUGAGCGAGCGAGCGGUGCUGCGCUGCGCACGUCUCUCGAAGAGAGCAAGGCAGAGGCAGUGCAGCUCACCGAACGCGUUGCUCAGCAGGAACGCCGCGCGCAGUCUGCAGAGACGCAACUCGAGACGUUGCGAUCGGAGAUGGCAACCUUGCAGUCGUCCAUCGAUACUCUGAAAGCUGGCGCAGAAGCGCUCGAGUCUGACAAGGCAAAGCUGCAGCAGCACUUGUCGACCGAGCGUGAGCGGGCAGAGAGCGUCGAGGAGCAGAUCAAGGAUCGCUCGGAGCAAGUCUCGCAAGCCCACGAACGCAUCGGGACGCUGCAAGGCGAGAUCGAAGAGGCUCGAUCCGAGCUCGCUGCAUCCGCUACCACGAUCGAGUCGCUGGAGAAGAACGCGGCAAAGGAUAGGCGCGCUCUGACCGAGGCCAAAAGCACUGGUCGAGCGCAUUCGAAGCGCGCUGAUGAAGCGUCAGAGGCGCUCGAAAAGGUUCGCGCAGAGGUGGAGGAGCGCAAUGCGACCUUGGCUGAGCGCGACCAGUCGCUCGAGGUUGCUGAAGCGCAACGAGCGGAGCUGGACGACGCGUUGCAAGCUUUGCGAAAGAGUACGAGCGAGGAGCAAGCGGCUGCACAGGCACGAGAUGCUGAAGCGGAGCGACAAACGAAGAGCUUGCAAGAGGAGAUCAAGAGUGCCCAAGCGUCUCGCACGGAGCUGAGCGCCAAGAUCGACGAGCUCGAGACGAACGAGAGGAUGUUGAAGGAGCAAGGGGCGCGAGAACGCAAAGCGCGCGACGAUUUGCAGAGAAAGGUGGAUGAUCUGACUUGGAGAUUGGACGAUGAGCAGGAACAGCAUGCGGGGGUGCGCAGCGCCCACGAAAGCUUGACUGUCGAUCUUCAGACUGGGCGGGAGAAGUACAGUGAGCUCGAGGGUGAAUUGAGCGCGGCCAAGUCAGCCCAUGACGAGACGCAUCGCGCCUUGAGCGCACUUCAAGACUCCCAUGCGAAGCUUGCCGAUGAGCAUGCAGAGCUGAACGAUCAGCACAGGCAUGCCAAGGAGGAGGCGGAAGCGGCUUCUGUGGCGGCUGCUACUUUGCUCGCUGCAGUCAAGCAAGAGCUCCAAUCUGCUACAUCUGCAAGGGACUCGACGGCGAACGAACUUGCAGAGAGCCGUGCGAAGGUGAAGGCGCUGGAAAAGACGGUCACUGAAAGCGCGGAGGAGGCGGAUAAGCUGCAGUCUGAGCUGGACGCUGCGCGAGCGAAUGCUGAGAACGGCAUGGCAGCAUUGAGGAGCAAGCUUGCAGAAGCUGAGCAGCAGCUCGGACGCACAGAGAGCCAGGCUCGAGAAGCUGCUUUGGCUGCUGCUGCGAUGCUCGAAGAUGUCAGGAAGAAGGGAGCUGCGGAGCUUGAUGAGCUUCGUACCAUUUCUGUGCGAGAGGCUGAACAAGCCGCUGCAGCUCUGGCAACAGCCAGGUCGGAGUCGGAAGCGAAGCUGCAAGCGGUCCAGGCGGAAGCUCGAUCUGCCACUGCAUCGCUGGAAUCUCAACUGCGAGAUGGAGAACGCGCGCGAGGUGAUUUGCAAGGCGAGCUGGAGAGCGCACAAAAAUCGGCAAGUGAUUCUGCGAGCGCUCUAGAGAAGGCUCGAAGCGAGCUGGAAGAGGCGCAAAAAGCUCAUGCGGAUGAGCUAGCAAGAUUGCAAGCGAAAGGGCGAGCGGAGCACGAGGCGUCGGAAGAAGCGGCCGAGACGGCGCGCAACAAGGCUCAAGCGGAAGCGUUUGACCUUCGCGCAAAGCACGCAAAGAGCAUGGAGGAAGCGCAGCGCGAUGUGCAGGAAGCUAGGGACGCUAGGGAUGAUGCCGAAUCCAGACUCGUCGAAUUGAGGAAGCGAGCGGAGGAGAGCAGAAAGGGUGCGGAUGCAGAGGCUGAGAGGCUUCGAGGGGAAUUGGAAAGGAUUGCGAGCGCAGCGCAUGCCGACAAGGAGAGCAGUGCAGCCGAGCUUGCUCAGCUACGCAAAGAGCGCGAGCGAUCCGUCGUGGAUGCUACAGAGGCGCUUCAAGCGGACAUGGCGGCGCUGAAACGCAAGCUCGACGAGGCCAACAGCGCUCGCGAGAUUGCAGAGCAACAGCGAGCGGAGCUGGAGGUCAAAUUGCGCGACGCUGCAUCGAACGCUGUGCGCGAGCCGGACAAUGUGACGAUCUUUUCGGCGGAUCACGUAGAGACGUUGGAGCAUGCGCACUCCAUGGCAUCAUCGACGCUUCGAUCUCAAGUUCGAACAUUGGAAGGUAGAGUGUUCGAAGAGACGGAUCGGGCAAAUCGAGCUCUGAGAAGGGUGCAAGAGCUGCAAGAAGGUCUUUUGGCUGCUGGACUAGAAGCUCCUCCGCCCGUCGCUUCCACGCUCAGAAGUCCUCCUGCACCACUGCCAGCUCUUGCGAUGCAGGAACGUGCAAGGUCUCCGAUGCAGACGCGUCUAGCACAGUCAAAGGAGGAAAGCAGCAGCAGCAGCAGCAGCAGCAGCAGCAAGCCGUCGAAUGGACGUUCGCCCGAGAUGGAGAAGAAGCAGCUCAAGACGCAGCAGCAGCAGCAGCAGCAGCAGCGCGAUUUGCCCAUCGCCAGCGUUCCGCUGCCCAUGCCAACGAUGGCAGUCAUUGCCGCGCCAGUCGAUGAAGAGGAGGAAGAAAGGCAGGACGAGCACAAUGCGUCGCUUGUUGUUGGGAGCAGCAGCAGCAGCAGUUCAACGAAGAGGGCGCAUAGAAGAGCAGCGACUGCAGCUGCGCUACCUUCCGCCUCUUCCCUCGCAUCUAACAACACCUUACCAACCUCCUCCUCCUCCACCACCGCAGCAGAGGAAAAGAGCAUCUCGGAAGCGAGAAGAAAGCAGCUGCUCAAGCUUUCUAGCGCUGCUAGGAAAAAGAGGGAGAGCGAAGCGGCUCAAAAGUGA